AUGCUGCCCCCUGCCUGGACGAGUCACCAGCAGGGCCUUCCACGGUGUGCGGUCUACGUCAGGCGGGAGCUCCUCCAGGCUGAGGUACCGGUAGCGGACCUGGUCGGCGGCCCCUUCGAGUGCUGUGCCGUUCGCGUACGCCUCGGAGGGGAUGACACCACCGUAGCCAGCGUGUACGUCCGGCCGGGCCUGCCCUGGGACCCCAGAUGCCUCCGGCAGCUGGCGCAUCGCCUGGGCAAGGAGUUCCUGCUGUGCGGAGACGUCAACGCCAAAAACCCAGCCUGGGGCGGUCGCAGAACUGACGCACGGGGCAGGGAGGUCCUGGGAGUCCUACAGCAGCUGGGCCUGCUGAUCUUAAACACCGGGGCCAACACCUUCAUCCGUCGCGGAGCCCACGCCACCAGUUCAGCCAUCGACCUCAGUGUAGCCACGGAGGGAUGCCGGUACAGGAAGCUCCGUGUACUCGGCCAGCACAGUGUCUCGAAAGUGUUCAGCUAUUCUACCCGCAGCGAUGAGGGGUUUCAAGGACCUGUGCGCACCCUGCGGUAUGCCUGGACGCCACUCCCGGACACCUGGGGCUCGGACCACCUGCCCAUCCUGCUGUCCCCUUUCCGAGGAAAGGCCCCCCGGGACCGAGAGUACCGCGUGGUGGACUGGCAGGUCUACCGGCGGCUGUUCAGGCAGGACACGGGUGGCAGGGACCUCCUGCAGCUGGUGGCUGACAGCGCGAGAGCGGCGACAGUCAUCGCAAAGGUCCAGCAGGGGCGGCCCGUUCCAGACAUUCGCCACCUGGCACUGAGGGCAGCAAGGAGGCGAGCAGAACGACAGGCACUCAGCAAGGCCCUGCCAGAGCUCUGGACGGAGUUCCGGAGGGUCGAUGCCGUCUGCAGACGUCACGCACGCAGGCGCAGAAACCAGGGCUGGCUGGGCGUGUGCAUUUCCAUCGACCGCUCGCGCGACGGGACCAAGGCCUGGCGCCUGCUGAGAUGCCUGCUGACGGUGCCCAGGGCCUUCAACCAGGUGCUGUCCCUGGCCAUACACCUCUGCAUCGGGGCUGCGGCCCUGACCGAACAGCUGGCGGACCAGUUUGCUGCCAGAGACGUGGCCCAGCUGCCUGCUGCACCACCACCUGCUGCCCUCCCUUGCCCUGCCUCUUGCCACCAUCCUGGAUGGGCGUCUAUGCAGGUGCGGGAGCUGUGUGGUGAGCCCAUCACGAUGCACGAGCUGGUGGCAGCCCUUGAGGGGUCCAAGCGACGGAGUGCUCCAGGGGCCGAUGGCAUCACCUUCCAGAUGCUUCGCAACCUGGAUGGGGCUGGCCGUCAACGACUCCUGGAGUACUACAACGACGUCUGGAGCACCGGGGUCCUACCGGAGUCCCGGCGCACUGCAGUGGUGGCUCCUAUCCUGAAGCCCCGGAGGAAGGCCACGGCUCUCUCCUCGUACAGACCAGUCUCUCUCACUUCUGCACCUUGCAAGGUGAUGGAGAAGGUGGCCCUGGAGAGACUGGAGUGGAUAGCCGACCACCUGGGCUUCUUCCCGGAGCAGCAGACGGGCUUCAGGCGACACCGGUGCACCGCAGACUCCAUCUCAGACGUCGUCGCUACCCUCGAGGAUGCCAGGAGUUCCGGGGACGCGGCCAUGCUGCUGCUGCUGGACGUGGAGAGCGCCUUCGAUGGACUCCCACACGUGGUCGUCGAGGCGGCCCUGGACCGGCUUGGCGUCAGCGGGAGCCUCCGAGGCUUCGUGACCGCCUUUCUGUCUGGGAGGACCUUCUGCGUACGUGUUGGACGGGAGACCAGCCAACCCAGGGACAUCACUGCUGGUGUCCCACAGGGUUCUGUGCUGAGCCCCUUCCUGUUCAACAUGGCGCUGGCGGGACUGCCUGCUUCCCUCCCGACAGACACCAGGUUCCCUGCCCACUGCUCCGUCUCCGCCGACGACGUGGCUCUCUGGGUUCGGGGACCAAGGCGGUCCAUACCAGCCGUCAGGAGAUCACUGCAGGCGGCCCUCGAAGCAGUGAUCACCUACCUCGGAGGCAUCGGGCUCAAGGUCUCUGCCACCAAGACCGAAGCCCUGCUGAUCCAUCCGCUGGCAGCAGCCCGGAACUACGUGAAACAGCUGAGGGUUGGCAACCGUAAGCUGCCGUGGCGGUUGACGGUGAAGUACCUGGGGCUCACCAUCGACCACCGGCUCACGUGGAUCCCCGCUGCCAAGGCUGCUGCCGCCAGAGUGCGGCGCGUCCAGGGCGCCAUCGGCAAGCUCCAGCAGCGAGGCCAGGGCUGCUCCACCAGGUGGGCACUACGGCUGAACCAGGCUGCGGCGUCCUCGGUCCUGCUGUACGCCUUCCCGCUGGUAGCCCUGACACCGGCCAGGAGACGCCUGCUGGAGGGACUACACCGGAGUGCGGUGAGGGCCAUCCUGGGGCUCCCCAAGUGCUCCCCAGUGGCAGCGACUCUUGCAGAGGCAGGAGAAUGGCCCCUGACGCUGCGCAUGCUGCAGCGUGCGUUGGGUCACAUCGACCGCCUUCACCGCGCCACUGACGGCAGGGCCCUCCUGGAGCGUCUUCGCAACCAGCCUGGUUCACGGAUGGGUGGUCUCUGCCUGCUGUACCACGAGAUGGUCCCGGAUCCGCCAGUUCCGGUAGCCCCUCCACCGCCACACCACCGGCCGCCAGAGGUCCACCUCCACUUGGAGGGGGCAACCAAGCGACGGACACCUGCCGCCACAUUGCAGCAGGCAGCCGCCUGCAAACUUCAGGAACAACUGGAGGAGCGGCUGCAGGUGUUCACUGACGGAUCGGUCAUCUCCACGGCUGCGGAACUGGCCGGUCUACACCUGGCGGCGGACCUGCUGGCCGAGGACAUCCCUGCUGAGCCGGUCGCAGUCCUCUGCGACAGCAAGGCGGCCCUGCAGAUCCUGGCCAACCGCCGUCGAGAUGGGCUAACGGCUAACCUCCUCACAGCCAAGUUCCGGGCCCUCAGCGAAGCCGGGGUGUCCGUCUCCUUCCACUGGCUGCCGUCUCAUGUGGGCAUCGCUGGAAAUGAGGAGGCGGACGCCCUCGCCAAGGCAGCCCACCAACCUGGCAUCCCCUUCUCCCAGGCCGUGGCGGCUAGGGACUACUCGCAGGCUCGUCUCAAGAGGCUCCUCGUCACCGUCCAUCCGGACACGAGGGUGGCCAACGGGCGAGGACCAAAGCUUCUUCCAGAGACGGGCCUCACCAGGAAGGAACGGGCUGCCCUGCUGCGACUACGGACUGGCUGUGUCUGGACCGCGGCCCGCCGCCAUGCCAAGGGUCGCUGCACCUCACCUGCCUGCAGCCGUUGCGGAGACCCUGAGACUCUCGAGCACCUGCUCUGUGCCUGCCCUGGCUUGGCACAGGAACGCUCGAGGGUCAUUGCAGCCUACAGGAGCCAGGGCCUACCUGCCUCCACUCUAGAACAUCUCCUCUUCCCGUCUCGUCCCCACCUGCCAGCGCUCCGGAGCCCGGCGGAGUUCCUGGAGGAGACGGGAAUAGCUGCCUACCGCUGA